AUGCCACAUAAUGACGCCCUUGUCAUCAGCAUUCAAAUCACUCAGGCCAUGGUCGACCGAAUCCAUGCGGACGAGGGCAGCGCAGCUAAUAUCCUGCAGCUGGCAGUCAUCCAGCAGAUGGGCUUGGAAGCAAAGAUCAACAAAACAGCCAAAUCGCUGACUGGCUUUAAUGGUACAACAACAGUUACCGUGGGCACGAUAGACCUCGACGUUUACUCCCCACCUAUAAUCAGCUCGCAAACAUUCAUGGUCAUUAAUGAGGUCUCGCCAUACAAUGGCAUUCUAGGCAGACCCUGGAUCGGCAAGAUCAACGCCAUCACCUCUGCCACGCAUCAGAAAAUCCGCUAUCCAAUCCCUGGUAGCGGUGUUGGGGAAAUCAACAGUGAUCAAGCAAUGGCGAGAAGAUGCUCGACUCAAGGGCUGAAGAAAAGCAAACAAACGCAGUUCCUCCUUGUAAGUCAGAAGAGACGCAACUUCGCUCCCGAGCGGGUUGCGAUCAUUGAAGCCGAGAUUGACAAACUCCUAGCUGCCGGCUUCAUCAAAGAGGUCUCCUACUCAGAGUGGCUGGCCAACGUUGUUUUGGUGGCAAAGCAAGAAAAGGGCAAGUGGAGAGUUUGCGUCGAUUACACCGACCUCAACAAGGCAUGGCCUAAAGACAACUUCCCAUUACCAAGAAUCGACCAACUUGUGGAUUCAAUUUCCGGCAAUCAACUGCUCAGCUUCAUGGACGCCUACUCCGGCUAUAAUCAAAUCAUGAUGCACGAGGAUGACAAGGCGAAAACUUCUUUCAUCAUCGAGAGAGGGACCUACUGCUACAAGGUCAUGCCCUUUGGGGUAAAAAACGUUGGAGCAACCUAUCAAGGGCUCGUAAAUAAAAUCUUCAAGGAGCAGAUUGGCAGAACUAUGGAAGUCUACGUGGACGACAUGCUAGUCAAGCCCCCAAAAGUGCAGAUCACAUCGAAAACCUCGCCGAGGCAUUCAGUCUGCUACACCUGUAUCGCAUGA